AUGCUCUCGUUCCUCUCCAUCGGCUGGUCGCCGACUCGCGCGCCGGCCAUCGGUCUCGCGCGUGCCGCGGUGACGCUCGACGUGGCCGCGGGCGAUAUGUCGUACCGAGAGCUCCAGCAGGCCUGCAAGGAGGCGGGGCUGCCGGCGAGCGGCAAAGCCGACGAGCUGCGGACGCGGCUGCUCGAGGCUGAGGCGGCGCCUGCUACGGCAGGUGGCGGGGAGGGCGGCUUCGAGUUCGAGGAGGCGGACGAGCUCGACCUCGGCGAGCUCGGCCUCGGCGACCUGCUCGACGUGCCGCCGCCUGCGCUCGACGCCGACGCCGAGGCGGACCUCUUCUUCGACGCGGGCGCGGGGUGGGACGGGCCGGACGAUCUCGACGCAGUGCUGGGCGAGCUGGAGGGGAUGGGGAGGGUUGGGCUCGACGCGCCGGAGGGAGGCGGCGGCGGCGGCGACCCCGCCAUGAUGAAGUGGGCCGAGGGGCUCGACUCGCUGCCCGACAGCGGAGGAGGAGGGGGGGGAGGAGGAGGAGGGGGAGGGGGAGGAGGGGCGUCUUGGGUUGACGACCUAUUUGCGUCGGCGGAGCGCGAGGCGGCGGGCGGCGGGCGGGGGGGGCGCGGCGGCGGCGGCGGCGGCGGCGGCCGGGGCGGCGGCGAGGGCAGGUACACUGGCACUGGCGGCUACCGGCGGGGCAGCGCCGACCUCGACUCGACCUGGUACGACGGGGCACCGGCUGGCCUCUCGGCGGAGGAUGGCGCGCUUGCGAGCACGAGCAUCCCCAAAACACCCAUUAGCCAAUUCAACACCCGUACGGUCGACCUGAAGCACGAAAAGGCCGCGGGCGACCGCGAGUCGGUGAAGGCGGCGGAGCGCUCGUACAUCGAGCGCACCGCGCCGAAGAAGAAGGAGCUCACAGAUGAGCAGCUUGCGGCAAAGGCCGCGUCUCGCAAGGCCAAGAAGAACCGGCAGAAGGAGCGCCGGGCGAAGGAGGCUGGCGAGCGCGCGGCCGCGAGCGAGGCCGAGCGCGUGGAGCGCCCGCGCGCGCAGCUACGCGCGAACAUCGAGUACGUGAUGGACGGGCUACGGUCUGCAGCUGCGCGGGCGCGCAGCCAGGCCGGGUCCAAGACUCGGGUCACAUAUUCGCUGCCCCCAGAGAGGGACGACGGAUAUCGGCGCGGCCCUAGCGUGGUGUGCGCCACGGUCCCCCAGGGCACCGUGGCGACGACCGUCGCCUCGGACUGGCUCGCGAACGAGCUGGCCGAGCACGGAGAGAUUGAUGCGGCAUGCCGCGACAAAUAUGUCAUGCACCUGAUGACGGCCGCCGGCGCCUCGGCGCCGGCCGACGCCGUGUUCAGCCCGGCGGUCUUCGACUACGCCGAUCCGAACGAGGUCGCCACGCGGCUCAACUGCACCUUUGCCGGCGUCAUCGCCGAGGACCACUUCGACGCGGGCAUCGGCGCGGCCUUUGGCGUCUGCGAGGACGUCGCCGCGCCGCACACGCUGCACAAGCUCGCGAUCGCGACGCAGUGCGCCGACUUUGCCUACGGCGCGCGGCUCUCGCUCGAGGUGCGGCGCGUCGUGCGGGCGGCGCUCGUCGCCGCCGAGGCCGCCGCACGCAACUCGACGCUCGCCACAAGCACGACCGCCUCCGCGUCCUGGGGCAUCGUGCGC